UUCCACACGCCAAAACCCCUUGCCUAUAAAUUCUCGUAACAAUCUAAGUGACUAAGUGUGCCCUCCACACUCUAUUGCCUUAAACUUUGGAUGUCCUAAAGAAACUCAUAUUUUUCCUACUAUUUUUCUAACUUUCCUACAAAUAACUCUUCUAUGGCUUCUGAUCACUCAAGCAACAACAAACCCUCCUUCAACCAAGUCAAGCCUACAACCACAACUAGCCUCGACGUCAACCAAGAGCCCGAUGGCCCGGAUUACUCGAAACGGGCUCAGUGGCUUCGAGCCGCGAUCCUUGGGGCUAAUGAUGGCCUCCUCUCAGUUGCCUCCCUCAUGAUUGGGGUGGGGGCGGUCCGGCCCGACCCAGGAACAAUGGCCCUAACCGGGCUCGCUGGCUUGUUUGGUGGGGCUUGUAGCAUGGCCCUAGGAGAGCUCGUGUCGGUCUGGGCCCAACGUGAUGCUGAGCUUGCUCAGCUCCUUCGCGAUCAUGAGGCCCAGCCCGGCCCACCUGGCAUCUUGGAGGAUCAAAAGCGGGCUUUGCCAAGCCCGCUAAGUGCGGCAGCCGCCUCGGCCGCAGCAUUUGCGGCCGGAGGAGGUGUUCCGCUCUUGGCGGCCGUCUUCAUAAAACCCUAUAGGGCUAGACUAGCCAUGGUACUGGCCACUGUGAGUCUGGCGCUAUUCGCCUUCGGAUGGUUAGGGGCCUUCCUUGGUAAGGCGCCAGUUUUGAGAUCAUCAUUAAGAGUUCUAAUAGGGGGAUGGGUGGCCAUGGGGGUCACUUUUGGGUUAACAAAGUUGGUUGGUUUGACAGGAAUCUAGAUAACUAGAAGUGUGGUUUAUUAUUUCAUUAUAAUGUACUAGAAAACUACACGGUAUGUACACUUCAUAGAAUCAAAUGUGCAUACUUGCAUUGAAUAGUAACAACAGCCAUGUUUACAUGCAAACUCGUUAUUAUAGUAUACAGGCAAUACAGCUUUACAAUUGACAUGUGCAUGUAAAUUCGAUGGCCUUAUUCCCUAAGGCAUCAAUGGUUGAAUUAGGUCUAAUGCUUUUAAUGCAUAUAUGAAGUACUUGCAGUUUUGGUUGA